UUUCUGGCAGUUAUUGGCUGAUAUCGAGCCCUCCAACUAACAUGGCCGCAUGAAUUAGUGAGGAAUUUGUGGACUGAAAGACAGAUUUAUACAGUGUGUGACUAUUCAAAAGUGACAGUUUUAUGUACGCUGGACAGUCUGAUAUGCAGCGAAUGAAAGGACAAGGAACCUCAGACAAUGAGAGAUAUAUAGUACAUGAGAAUAAGGAUGAAGCUAGGUACCUGAAUUGAUACAAAGAAAUAAGGCCUUUCUAGUAAUAAAGGAGAAUUGAAGGAAGGAUGGAACAAGAAGAGGAUUUGUUCAACACAAUGAAUUGUGAGGAUCACAUUGAGUGCCAAAUGGGCCCAAAGAUCAGAAUUACUCAUCAUUCCAGAGCUACACGAGUCCCAUGACUUCAUCGAUGGCCGCGGCUGCCGCUGCUUCUGAUCCAUAUAUGUCAUCUUACUACAUGACCUCUACCCCAUAUCAGGCAUUCGGAGUUGGUGAUGGAACUUGGAGCAAUGGGGGUGACCACAUGCAAACUUUCCUUGGAGGCUAUGGAGGACAAAUGGGAUAUGAUUCACACAGUGCAAUUGAUGGCAUGUUUGGUAGUGGCAGCUUCAGUGGAUUCAACCCUCCUGGCUUUAACUAUGGUUUCCACGGAAAUGGUGACUACAGUGCAUGGGGAGGUUCAGAUGUUCGGGGAGGAAAUAAGCCAUAUGACGACUACUAUCAGCGAGAUAAUUUAUACACUGAUGAACGUGUGAAGGCCCUGGAACAGGGUGUACAAGGACUUACUAUAGCUGAUCCUAAAACUGGUCAAGACUUACCUAGAGAUGGCAGUUCAGGAAUUGGUAAAAGUGCAGCAACAAAUGGAGGUAGUGUGGUUGAAGUUAAGUCAAAUGGAGGCAGUAGCCCAGGAGGAGAAACAUCGGUUGGUCUGGGUCAAACUAAAAAAGGUAUGUCAUGGGCUAGCAUUGCCUCUCAGCCGGCUAAGCCUCAGCCAAAAGGAAGACGCGAUAAAACUGCUAUGUCUUCUAUUGUACCUGGUCGCCACAUGGACAUUGGAACAUGGGAAGGCAAAAAUGGUGGUGGACCAAAGCCUGUUGCUCCUCCCCCAGUUCCACGGCCAGCCUGGGAGGCUCCACGCGGUGGAUCACGCUCCACUACCUCCACCUCAUACUCUACUCCGCCGCCACGAACCCCACCCCAGGUGCCUCCCCCGCAGCAAGUGCAGCAGUCAGGACAACAGCAGCAGCCAACAGGACAACAGCAAGAGCAACAACCACUGCAGACCUUACAGACUUCUCCUCAGCAGCAUCAGCAGAACCAACACCAACAGCAUGUUCAUCAACAACACCUGCAUCAGCAACAACAACAGCAGCAGCAACAACAACAGCAGCAACAACAGCAACAGCAGCAGCAACAGCAACAUCAUCAACAUCAGCAGCAGCAACACCAACACCAACAUCAGCAUCAGCAACUCCAGCAGCAGUUACCACCAUCACCCCAACAGCAGCAGCAGCAAGCUCCUCCCCCACCAUUACUGCCAAGUGGGGUCAUUCAUACACAGAUGGAACUGCCCCCUUCCCCUCAGAGUGGACCCCCAAUGUCAAUACCUCAACGUGCCCCUUUGCCUCAUGUCCCUGGGCAGAUUCCUGCAGAACUGCAACCAGAUGAUCCUAUUCUUGAAGGUCUUCGUAUGCGUAACGAUUACAACCCAAAGGACUUUGAUCUUAAUCCUAAAAAUGCACGUUUCUUUGUGAUUAAAUCUUAUUCAGAGGAUGAUAUUCACCGGUCUAUCAAGUAUGAGAUAUGGUGCUCCACAGAACAUGGUAACAAGCGUCUAGACGCUGCCUUUCAUGAGAGGGAGGGUAAAGGACCUGUAUACCUUUUCUUCUCAGUGAAUGGGUCUGGGCAUUUUUGUGGUUUAGCUCAGAUGAUUUCCAUGGUGGACUAUAAUUCAUCAUCAUCUGUAUGGGCUCAGGAUAAAUGGAAAGGACAGUUUCGUGUGAAAUGGGUUUAUGUGAAGGACGUUCCCAACAAUCAGCUGCGCCACAUUAGGUUGGAGAACAAUGAGAACAAACCUGUGACCAAUUCCCGGGACACUCAGGAAGUUCCGUAUGAGAAAGGCAAACAGGUAUUGAAGAUAAUCAACCAGUAUCGCCACUCUACUUCCAUAUUUGAUGACUUUUCUCAUUACGAGAAACGGCAGGAAGAGACAGAGACUCGUAGGAACCCUGGACCCCCAUACAAGGAAAUGGAGCGAGAUGAUCGUCGCAACGAUCGCAUGGAUCAUCGAGACCACCGUGACCAUCGUGAGCAUCCAAGAGACCAUCGAGAUCAUCGAGAUAAUCGUGACCAUUAUCAUCGUGAUCACAGGGAUCAGCGUGACCAUCGUGACCACCGUGAACACCACAGGGGUGGGAUGGGUGGAGGACGUGGACGAGGCGGGCACCAUCAUCCUCACCACCGUGGUGCACGCAACUAACCAUAAACUGAGCCACAGUGUGAAAUAAAUACUGAGGAAUUUAUUUCUAUGGCACACGAAAACUUUUG